AGCUGUGGCUUCUUUGCUGACAUUGAAGAAGCUGCCUGAAAAGUGAAAAGGACAGAAAACAAAGGCAAAGAGGAUGAAGGACCAGAGCUGUAUACAGUGGCCAAGGAAGAGGAGCCUAUAUUUCCCAAGGGAUGGGCUGAGGGCUUGGCUACUCCCCUGACCAUAAAUGGCUCGGCCAGGGCUCUCUGGGAGCCACCUCUUGCCCUGCCUCUCCAGCUCUCCCAGUUGGAUAUUCCCACAAGUGGGAGACACAAGAAAGCACCACCAGCAAGAAAGGAGCUUGCAGAAGGCAGUGAGUGGAGAAGGCUCUUGGGAGGCUGGUGGAAAUGGGUUUCUCAUUAAACUUCACAUUGCCGGCUAACACGACUUCCUCUCCAGUUGUUACAGGUGGGAAGGAAGCAGACUGUGGGCCCUCUGUUGGAUUAGCAGCAGGCAUCCCAUCAUUGGUGGCCACAGCUCUGCUGGUGGCCUUACUUUUUCUUUUGGUUCACCGAAGAAGAAGAAGCAGUGAGUCUGCUGAGGAAAGUGAGAGACCAUGUGAAAUUUCAGAAAUCUAUGACAAUCCCAAGAUAUCCGAGAAUCCUAGGAGGUCACCUACACAUAUGAAGAACACAGCAGGAGCACAAGAAGCCCACAUAUAUGUGAAGACUGUAGCAGGAAGCGAGGAGACCCUGCCUGCCACUUAUCAUCCUCCUGAAGAAAUAGAGAGAAGGAGGGGACUGUGGUGGCUUAUUCCCAGACUAAGCCUGGAAUGAUGUGGCUUAUCAAGGAGCAGAUCUGGAGCUGAAUGAACUAAAAACCCAGGGAUUUAUACUUGGAAAGGAGAGGAAGCUAAUUCUUAACGAGUUCACAUUUCAUUUGCAGAUACGGAAUACUUUUGGGUUGAUUUGCCUCUUUAGGGGAUGGUUCCAGUGAGGUUCAUUCCAACUCUCAGAUCUGUUGUUUAAUAAACAGUGAAGUACCACAUGAA